AUGGACAAGCUGGUUGACGCGGCUGUUGAGCUGGUGGAGGCCGGCAAGCUGGGGCAGGCGGUGCAGGUGCUGCAGCAGGGCAUCGACGUGCUGGGGGCAGCCUAUCCCGGCAGCCCUGAGCUGGGUGAGCUGCACAACCAGGCGGCGCUGCUGCUGUUCCUGGGGGGGCAGCCAGACCAGGCCGCGACACACGCACAGGCGGCCCUGGAGGUGACACAAGCGGUCUUCGGCGCCGCCCACCCCCUCACGGCGCACCGCCUGCUGCGCCUCGCCGCUGUGCGCGUGGGCCAGGGGCGCGGCGACGACGCUCGGCCGCUGCUGGCGGUUACGGCAGACAUGCUUGGGCCCUACCCCGAGGAUAUGGGCCUCCAUGAAGCCAAGUACUACCUGGGGCUGCUGCAGGCUGGUGCUGCAUCAAGCCCGUCGGACGUGGUUGCGGCCGACGACGCGCUGCUGGCGCCGCUCAAGGUCCUGGCGCCUGCCAUGGGCCCAGACAGCAUGAUCGUGCGGCUGGCUGUGGGGCAGCACAGCCGGCUGGUGGGCGCGGCGCUGGACAGCGGGCGGGGCGGGUUCGCCCUGGGGGAGGCGCUGUUUCAGCAGCACAUCCGCCUGCAGGAGGCCAUAGCCCCGGACUCCCCGGAGCUGGGCCUCACCCUGUACCAGCUGGCCGUGACGUACUACGCGCACGACAUGCUGCCGGAGGCGGGCACCGUGCUGCAGCGGGGCGCGGCGCUUGUGAGGCAGCACUACCCUGAGGGCCACGACCUGGUCCAGAUGUUCCUGCACCGCCUGGGCAUGAUCUGCGCAGCCGGCCGCGACCCCCGCGCCGCGCAGCAGCUGCUGUCCGCCAGCAAGGCCUACUACGCCUCGCAGGCGCAGGGCCAGGGCGGCCCCGGCCAGGCGGAGGGGGACCACCCCCUGGCGCACGAGGCGGACGCGGGGCUGGCCAUGGCCGCGUGA